UCCCUUUAAACCGCUACCAUGUGCUCUCUCGCCUUUGUCCCUGUCCGUUAUACUAUCUCAACAAAGGGAAAGCCAGCCUCGUGAUGGCGGCACGGUAAGUACAAAGUUGAAAGAAAACUUGCUUACUUCCCAUAAAAUCUUCACUCACAAGGGACGAAAUCCUUUGUCUGCUGGGACCCAACCCCCUUAGCCCGGAAGAAGGCGGAAGGGAUAUCAAAGUUACGGAAUUGUGGAAACGGCUAUAAUCCAGCUCUUCGAGUCUCGAACAUCGAUCUCUUCGUGCAUGAUAAACACAGGCUGGGGAGACCAUACUUUUCAGAAAAAGGUUGCCGUUUCAGGUUGACGGAGUCGUAUGGUAUUCCAGAAGAAAAGAAGCCGAGGCCAGGGAAAACCAAAAAGAUGGUCGAGACGAUGACAACCCCCGAACGACCCUCCGGUCGCGCCGACAUUUCACGUCCUUCUUCUGCUGAGGAGGCCAUCAUUACGUCGUUAUCACCGCCAGGGUCUCGUUUCACAUCGUUAUCACCGCCGGGGUCUCGUUUCAACCCUCCAAAGCCGAAAGACGUAGAAGUCUACGAGAAAAAGCCCCUACCGCCCAUUCCGCCAAAGCGGAGGCCAGCACCCUCGACAUCGAACCAGAAGGACUUGAACAACGUAAAGGGCGUCCAUACGUCGGCGAAUAUCACAGGAGCCGGUCCUCCUGAAAAGAUCAACAAUCGUCAAAACUCGGGGGACAUUGACUGGGAAAAGGAGGAGGCAGAGAUCAACUCCAUUAUCGCCAAGCAGUUAACCCCCAGGGGCGGAACACCAAUAUCAACGUCCGCGUCUCCGGCACCCCGAACACCCAAGCCUCUACAGAUUCCUCCAGCAGACUCAGAACGCACUCCAGAGUCGAGUUUGUCACAAGAAAUCAUUUCACCACAACCACGAUCACCGGUAUCGAAUAUCCUCCAGCUCGAUAGCUUCGGACCCAUCAAGUCGCACCCAGACUCUCCACCGUUAUCACCUACCGGGCAGAAUCAUAAUAUCAGGUUUAGACAGCUCUCGAGGCCGGAUUCUCCUCCCGAACAAAAGGAUCGUUUCAGCAACAGCGAGAACAACGCCACAGACAAACAUACGACAGGUUAUAUAUCACCCGUCAGUGGCCGCAGCAGCUAUUACAGCCAAUAUCGAGACAGUACCGUAUCCGAAGCGGGUUCGGCAAGCCUAGCUGGAAGCAGCGCACCUCUUCGGUACGAUAGCCCUGUAUCGACAGAAUACUCACCUAAGGGAAAACCAAAUCCAAAUAUCGGCAAGCGACUAGUUGCAAGAGGAGCACCAUCGCCUAUCCCACGACCUUUACAGCCACGAAAGAUUAGUGGAGGCAACGGGACGACAAGAACCAUGUCCCCAGUUCCCUCAACCAACAGUGAUCACAGCGGCAUCAGUAUCACUGAUGCCCGUGAGCUCUACCACGAGACAACCGCGCAAAUCGCUCGUAACACAGGAGGAUCAUGGGCAUAUCCGAAUGCCUUGAAUCACCCCCCACACCCAGGAAGCAGCGUCGGGAUCCCAUCACCUCGACCUGCCGGAGGCCCAGGUCAUAUCCGCUUUCUCAGCGAGGACGGCACUUCACGGACAUCUGGUGAUAGAAAGAGGGAAAGUCAGCAGCCGCUGCUCAGUCCCCUGCGCUUUGUCCCGGUGCCGCAACAGCCACCACCCGUGCGACCGCCGAGGGAGGACGAGCUCCCGUUGUCCCUGCCUCGUUGGGACUCGGCGGCUGAUACAUUAGUACCACUGGACCCAGAUCCUGCGCAGGAAGGGGAAUCAAAAUCCAGACCCAGAUCCAAUUCCAGUUCGCAGUCAUCGCGUCACUCUCGUGUAGGGUCUCCCUCUCCAUCGCCCUCCGUCAUCAAUUCCCAAAACGCCGCGCUCAAGACUCGGCCCCGAAACAGGGCGCAGACCAUCAGCGUAAGCACCUUUGGCCACCACAACGAACUGCGCAGGCAAUGGGACUCGGGCUCGCCACAGCUGGAGGUGGGCGGCCCGCUGCCGCUUGCGCUGGAAGAUAAUUCGGCUUUGAUCACCGAGUUCGCAAAGCACGGCAGUCAUCAUACCCGCAACCACAGCGACGGCGAUGGCGAGAAUCGCACCUCUCUGUUUCGACGCUCUUUGGUUUCCAAGGUGUUUAGGCGUGUUUCGGGAUCAACACCAGGAGGAGGAUCAUCACCCUCAACUCCGACACCUACGUCCACGCCCACCACCACAUCAACAGCCAUAGCCAUGGCCACCGAACGGGCGCCCACACAAUAUCAAACAGCCGCAGAAAGAUACCACGACCAGAGCUCAAAGACCACCGCCGCCGUUGGCGCGACACCAUUAGUCCAUCGGCCGCGCACAGCCGAUAGCGGCGGCGCCGCGGGGCCGUCGUCCUUCUCUUUUUCGACCGCCCCCUCCUCCUCAUCUGCCGUCGGGUUUCUGCUCCCUCAGACUCUGAAAAUGAGCGCGCUGGCGCAGAAGACGAAUGAGCUGUUGGUCGGUGGGCGGUUGGCGAGGAGAACCAAGUCGGAGAAGAAGAGGGAGAACUUGAAGAAUAGCAUUAGGGUGCUGGGUGAUGGGGGAAGGGUGGAGGCGCCGGUUGAGUUUGUCACGGGGAUGGAGUUGUUGUCGCCGCCGGAGAGGCCGGGGCGGCAAGAGGAGCAGGGUUGGUUGUGAAGUUAGAUUCCGGAGGGGGUUGGAAAUAGGUGUUGAUGCAUGGAGAGUGAAUGUGUCAUGUACUCUUGCUUGUAGGGUAUAUGACGAUGUUUUGUACAAAUGAGCUGGAGUGUUGUGAAUAUGCAAUGACGCUCAAACUUCAAAAAGAUCAGACAUUCUCGAUUAUUUUCAUACCUGACAUUGUA